UGACGCAACAUAUGACGAUUGCGGAAGUUUUGCAGAGCAGGUUGUUAUGUCGCUGAUGGUAAUGAUGGAGAAUAAAUGUAAAUAUCACAAAAAUAAAACAGUCAAACUAUAAGGAGAUUAAAAACAUUAAUUGAAGGCAAUUCUAAUAUGGACAGAUUGUGUUUUAUUGACAUGGCAUCAUCCAUCCAGAUGGGUAUGAGCCCUCUUUACCCUCUGCUGCUCCUCAUCAUGCCCUCCCUGCAUGGCCAUUCCUCAUCCAUCCCGUCUCCUCCCUCCUCCUCCUCCUGUGGCCCAGGCCGAUCGUGGGCGGUGCGGCUCAACGUGGGCUCUGUGAACGGGGCCGUGUCGUUUGACAGACUGGCCCAGAGUGUGGCACGGGAUGUGGGCCUGGAAAAUCAUGGGCAGAUCGGGCAGCUGGAGGGGCAUUAUCUGCUCUGUCAGGAGGUGGAAGACACUGUGAAUGUGGACACGCGUUCAACAGAGGCAGCUCUCGAUGAAAAUCCUCACGUGGUUUGGCACUCCCAGGAGCAAAUCCUCAGACGCUCCAAGAGAAGCGUGACCUUCAAUGACCCCAAAUAUCCAAGCCAGUGGCACUUGCACAAUAAUAUGAAACGAGGGAUGGACAUCAAUGUGACGGGGGUCUGGGAGCAUAACGUCACAGGGGUCGGGGUCACAGUGGUCGUAGUCGAUGAUGGAGUCCAGCACACCUUAGAAGAUAUUCAGCCCAAUUAUAGUCCUGAGGGUAGUUAUGAUUUAAACUCUAAUGAUCCGGACCCCAUGCCUCAUCCUGAUGGUCACAGUGAUAAUCACCAUGGCACGCGCUGCGCUGGCGAGAUCGCUGCAGUCUCCAAUAACAGCUUCUGUGCGGUUGGAGUGGCAUAUGGCAGCAAAGUGGCAGGCAUCAGAGUUUUGGACGGACCCCUCACAGACAGCAUGGAGGCCGUGGCUUUUAAUAAACAUUACCAAAUUAAUGACGUUUACAGCUGCAGUUGGGGGCCAGAUGAUGACGGGCGUACAGUUGAUGGACCACAUCCAUUAGGCAAGGUGGCGCUGCAGCAUGGCGUUAUUGCAGGCAGGAAAGGGUUUGGUAGCAUCUUUGUUGUUGCCAGUGGCAACGGAGGACAGUAUGAGGACAACUGCAACUAUGAUGGCUAUGCUAACUCUAUCUACAGCAUCACCAUAGGGGCUGUUGAUGAGAACGGCAGAAAACCGUUCUACGCUGAAGAGUGUGCGUCGAUGCUGGCUGUCACAUUCAGCAGUGGAAGCAGACAACUGCGCAGUAUUGUGACGUCAGACUGGUCAAUGCAGAGUGGCACAGGUUGUACAGACGGGCACACUGGCACAUCUGCAGCGGCACCGUUGGCUGCAGGUAUGGUGGCGCUGAUGCUGCAAGUGCGGCCUUGUCUGAGCUGGCGAGACGUUCAGCACAUCAUCACCUACACUGCAACACAGCAUGACACACAGGCUGAUUGGGAGACUAAUGGAGCAGGUUUUCAUCACAGUCAUAAGUACGGCUUUGGACUGCUCAACGCCUGGAGACUGGUGAAUGCUGCUAAGGUUUGGGAGUUUGUGCCCUUUUUGGUGUCCUACCAGAGCCCCAUCUUAAAUGCCAAUGAAAUGAUCCCAGCCUAUCCCAAAUCUCUCAUGCUGACAUGGAAUGUCACUGCAUUUGACCUGAGACAGUCAGGCAUGCAAACCCUGGAGCAUGUGUCUGUGACUGUGACUAUAACACAUCCUCGCCGCGGCAAUGUCGAGAUUUUGCUCGUUUGUCCCAGUGGAAUGAGCUCACUGAUUGGAGCCAGAAGAGCCCUGGAUGUUGAUACUACUGGAUACGCAGACUGGACGUUUUCAACCGUGCGAUGUUGGGGAGAAAGAGCCGAGGGACAAUACAGUCUACAGAUCACUGACUAUAGAGAGGCGGCUUUGGCAUUGGGUGUGCUGAAGAACUGGAAACUCACUCUGUAUGGCUCAUCUAUGUCUCUGCAGCAAGUGAAAGAGAGACGGAGAGUUGUGGAAGACGCCAUGAGUGGACAGUAUCUGAACAGCAGUUUUGCUCUUCCCUGCCCUCCUGGCAUAGAUGUUCCUCCUGAGAUUGUGAGCCCAUUUACCUCCAACAGCCUAAAGGUACACCUGGACACAGUUUUUCUUGGUUGUUGGCAGAUAGGAUGUUCCAAGCUUCUUGGAGAAUUCACCACAGUUCUUCUAUCUAUUUCGGCUGUCUCAACUGCUUCUGCCUCUUCAUGUAAUCCCAGACUGACUCAGUGUUCAGUGGGGGGCUCUGUGGGGGCCAUGACAUCUGUUGCAGACAUCUUUUCUAUUUGCAGAUGUAAUGUUUUCUCUGCUGCUGCUGGGCUGUUUCGCUCUCUUCUGGUCGCUGUAUUACACUCUGGAGGUGAUGCUCACUCACGUGGACUGGCGUGGAUGCAGAGGACUACAGACAGGAUCUACAGAACCAGUGGACAGUGAGGUGGUGGAGAUCCAGCCUGACAUGGAGUCUAAAGUUCCCCUCAUAGCAGCCGAGGAGAAUACGUAGCACUCAGGAAAACUGGACCUGUCACUUCUGUUUGAAACUUUGGGUUGCACUUUUGCUUUCAAGUCUGUGAGCACAUGCUCUCUAUCGGGUUACCUUAUUUUGGUUCUUUGUUUGUUCGAGAUUUUUGAUCAUUUGUUGAUAUGUUCAUGACAAUGAUAUCUUGUCAGUGUGCCUGGUGAAGAGGGUGGGUAUUUUGCAGUAUUGGAAACAUUUUGCGCAUGACAAUGAUUUGCACGAAUUGAAAGUGUGUGUGUGUGUGUGGGAGAGGUUUGUGUGUUGGAGUGCUGUACGAAGAGUGAGUGACAUAUGAGUUAUACUUAUUAACAUGACAAGAGUUUUUUCUUGAUCGUGAUACAUUGAUUGUGUCACUUCUGAGUAAGUUUUGACUAUAAAUACCUCCAA